CAGCAUUUAGGGGUGUGUGAGGAGUGGGCGGCGCCAACCUCCAUCUCGGUUGUGACCGUCUGACCACCUCGUUCAGAGGGUGACCUCUCUGGCUCAGACUGAUAGCGGCCACAUCGGCCCGGAUUCUCUUUCCGUCCAUGGAUCAAAUGGUGCUGGGGAUGGCCCGAGAGGCCUUCGCGUCAGGCACGAGGGGAAAGAGCGACCACGAAGCGUGUGGCGAGCAUGGGGAGAAGCUCACGCUCUUUUGCUUGGAGGACCUGGAACCCAUUUGCGGGGUUUGUGGGAAGGCGGCGGACCAUCGAGGACACAGACUGUAUCCCAUUGGAGAGGGGGCUAAUGAUUGCAAAGAAGAGCUGAAAGGCGCCCUGCUGCCUUUGAAGGAGAAGUUACAGCAGUACAAGCAGGCCAAAACCGUGUGCGAGGACAUGCAGGAGCAUGUCAAGAACCAGGCGGAGCACACGGAAAUGCAGAUCAAGAAAGAAUUUGAGGCGCUCCACCUCUUCCUCAGGGAGCAGGAGGCGACCAGGCUGGCUGCCCUCCAAGCUGAGGAGGCUCACAAGAGCCUGGUGAUUAAGCAGAGGAUUGAGGACUUGGACCAAGAGCUGGCCUCGCUCUCCAACGUCAUCCUCAUGGUGGAGAAGGAGAUGCAAAUGCAAGAUAUCCCUUUUCUUAAGAAUUACAAGGACAUCAUAAGGAGAACAUGGAUCAACUCUGUGGAGCCUGAAGAGCUGUCUGGUGCUCUAAUUGAUGUGGCCAAGCAUACAGGCACUCUCAAGUUCCAAGUGUGGGAGAAGAUGAAGAAAAUAAUCAAAUACAGUCCCGUGAUCAUGGAUCCCAACACGGCAGCCAACUGCUUCAUCAUGUCCGAGGACCUAACGGCGGUGCAGAACACCUCGCAGACCUUCAAGCUCCCCAACAACCCGGAGCGCUUCGACAUCAGCGCAGAGAUGCUGGGUGCCGAGGGCUACACGAAAGGCCGCCACAGCUGGUGCGUGGAGGUCAAGGACAACACCUACUGGGUGGUAGGCGUAGCCAGCGAGUCCAUCAACCGCAAGGGCAAGCACGUGCUGACGCCCGCCGAGGGCUUCUGGACCAUACGCUUCCGCAACGACGAGUACAAAGCCUGCACGGCGCCGUGGGAGUCGCUCAACAUGAAGGUCAAGCCGGAGGUCAUCAGGGUGUUGUUGGACAUGGACCGGGGCAAAGUGGCUUUUUACAGCCCCCCCGAACGAGAGCCGCUCUACACUUUCACCGACAUCAUCACGCCGAAAGCCUUUCCUUACUUUUGCACGGCUUGCAAAGAACACCCGCUGACUAUCUUGCCCGCUAAGUUGACUCUUACCACCGACUGACGCGCCACUGUCCGCAGAAAGAUACAAAUGGCCGUCCGACAAGACGGAGAAUUGAGACUUUGUUCUUAAACAAGGGGCAAUUGUGGGAUGCUGCAUCAGCCACUGUGUGGCAUUCACAAUAAAGUGGUAUAAGUAUUGAGUUUUAAUUCUUAUAAAGUAAUAAACAGAACUGCUAUGAAUUGAGGUUAUCAUUAGU